UCGGGCUGCCGGAAAUGGCGAAGCUAGCCCUAGUUAUCAAGCUUCUGGUUUUAUUCCUCACACUCCAUGUUUCAUUUUUACUCGGUUUUGCACCUUCGGAGAUUAUUUUUGAGGAGCGUUUCGAUGACGAUUGGACUAGUCGUUGGGUUAAAUCAGACUGGAAGAGGAGCGAAGGAAAAGCCGGUUCGUUUAAGCACACAGCAGGGAAAUGGUCUGGUGAUCCAGAUGAUAAAGGAAUUCAGACAGCAACAGAUGCCAAGCAUUUUGCCAUAUCAGCAAAGAUACCAGAGUUCAGCAACAAGAACAGAACUCUGGUGGUCCAGUAUUCUAUAAAGUUGGAGCAGGACAUUGAAUGUGGUGGUGGUUACAUUAAGCUUCUUUCUGGUUAUGUCAAUCAGAAGAAAUUUGGUGGUGACACUCCAUACAGUUUGAUGUUUGGACCAGAUAUAUGUGGCUCACAGACAAAGAAACUUCAUCUUAUAGUUUCCUACCAGGGCCAAAACUAUCCUAUCAAGAAGGAUCUACAAUGUGAAACUGACAAAUUAACUCAUUUUUACACAUUUAUUCUUAGACCAGAUGCAACUUAUAGCGUCCUGGUUGACAAUCGAGAAAGAGAAUCUGGAAGCAUGUAUACAGAUUGGGAUAUUCUUCCUCCUCGGAAAAUUAAAGACGUUAAUGCGAAAAAGCCGGCCAACUGGGAUGAUAGAGAGUAUAUUGAUGAUCCUAAUGAUGUUAAACCAGAGGGAUAUGACUCAAUUCCAGCUGAAAUUCCUGAUCCGAAGGCUAAAGAACCGGAUAAUUGGGAUGAAGAAGAAGAUGGCAUAUGGAAACCGCCAAAAAUACCAAAUCCAGCAUACAAAGGGCCAUGGAAACGCAAGAAAAUCAAGAACCCCAACUAUAAAGGGAAGUGGAAGAUUCCAUGGAUUGACAACCCAGAGUUUGAAGAUGAUCCUGACCUUUAUGUGUUGAAGCCAAUCAAAUAUGUGGGCAUUGAAGUUUGGCAAGUGAAAGCUGGUUCUGUUUUUGACAACAUUUUAAUCUGUGAUGACCCUGAGUAUGCCAAACAAGUUGUUGAGGAUAUAUGGGAAAGGAAUAGGGAGACUGAAAAAGAGGCCUUUGAGGAAGCAGAAAAAGUGAGGAAAGCACGAGAAGAAGAGGAAGCUCAACAAGCACGAGAGGAAGGUGAGCGGAGGAGAAGAGAGAGAGACCAUGAUCGACGAUACCGGGACAGAGAGCGUUAUAGGGACAAAUAUAGAAGGCGUGACCGCCGCGUUGAUUUGGAUGAUUACCAUGAUGAACUGUGAGGACGCUUCCCACAAUUUUCGUUUGUGUUUCUGUCAUUUGGAAAGAAAGUGGCUUAAAGCUUAAUGACUGCCAUUUCAUCUGAUUCUUCCCCUGGAGAAGUAUUUGACACCCUUUUGUUGUACCAGUCUACACAUUGUUGUAUGGAUGUUGUUGUAAUUGUGUCAUGCCAAAUGUAUCUUGCUUUGAUGCCUGUAGCACUCUGAUAAAGGUUCAAGGUAAGGGUAUCGGAAAGAGUAAUGGAAAGGUAAUUUUGUGCCUUU